GUUUUAAAAACCUAAGGUUUACGACAAUUAUGCUCUAUUCAAACGUAUUUCUACAAAGCAAAUUAGUUUUUUUCGGAAAAUAAUAUUGAAAAUUGACUUUGACAUUGUAAAGGAAGUUUCGUCGAUGAUUGUUUCAUAAAUAUUUCAAGACAUUACUGAAAUAUAUGCAUGAAAUGGAGAAAAGAAAACAUAAAGGUCUUGUGGGUGUUGUACUUUUCUUCUCUUUGCCUGCAUUUAUUGCUCAUGGAGUAGCAAUUGGUUUACCAUAUUGGUAUCGCCAAUCCGUCAGUAGUGUUGAUGUUUAUGGUGGAUUAUGGCAAAUUUGUUACGAAAUAUCCGGAACAGCCAAAUGUACGGAGUUGAAACCAUGGGACAGUGAACUGUCGUGGUAUCAGAAAACUUGCCAAGGUCUAGCGACGGGCGCUACACUUUUUACAUUAAUCGGCGUGAUAACACUUAUCAUAAAGAUGUGUAAAGGAUCAAAACCUGUAUGCAAAAGUGGCCUAGCUGCUUCAUGUAUUUUAUUUUUUAUCGGAGGACUGAUGAUUGCAGCUGCGACCACAGUGUGGGCAUUAUUCCAGACGGACAUAAUUAAAGAAAACAAGUCUUAUGCUUUUUGGAUCGAGUGUGGUGCUGGUGGAUUAUUCAUUUUAUCUGCAAUCCUUCUUGCACUUCCAAUGUAUGCUCCAGAGACUUCCGUCACACCAACAACGAAACAAAAUCAACGUUGGGCACAGUCUUAA